AUAUACAUAUAUAUAUAUAUAUAUAUAGCUUUGUCGUAUCAUACACGAUUAAAUGCACUUUGAAAAAAGAAGUGCAUAUGAAGAUCAAUUUCAUAAAUUUCGAACAAAAAAAUUUACGACAAAUGUCACAGAAUAUACAGAUAAGUUAAAUAAGAUUAUUAAUUUCCCUUGAAUAAACACACGGAAACAUGGAAUCGUGUAUGAGGGGGACUUGCUCGUCGGCGUUGCAAUCGUCGCCAGCCUCCGUUUUCGCCAUGCUGAUACAAACGUUAAUCGCAUCCCGUUGCGGAUUGAGCAAUACGGGCGAAUACCCUAGAGAUCGCAAAGACGAGAUUUUAAAUUCGAAAAUGGAGUUCGAUUUUGUGAUAAUUGGUGCUGGGAGCGCGGGAUCCGUUUUGGCACGCAGGUUAACGGAAGUGGAGGAUUGGAACGUUCUGUUAAUCGAAAGAGGAGGGUACCCUUUACCCGAGACCGUAUCACCUGGUCUCUACUUCAGUAUCUUAGGCGGAUCGCAAGAUUAUCGCUAUGCGCUCGAGCCGCAAGAGGGUAUCUGCCUGAGUAUGAGGGACAAACAAUGCAAAUGGUCGAAAGGUAAAGGAGUUGGCGGAAGUUCGGACAUCAACGGGAUGAUAUACAUCUUAGGGAAUCGAAAGGACUUCGACGGUUGGGCGAGCGAGGGGAAUCCCGGAUGGAGUUACGAGGAAGUGCUCCCUCACUUCAGAAAGUCGUCGAGCUGCUCGCCCGAAUUCACGGCCGAACACGGUGACAAGUAUUGCGGGACGGACGGUCCCCUUAGAAUCAGAUACUUCAACUACACCGUGACAAACUUCGAGGAUAUCAUUCUGGAAGCGGCUCGAGAAGCGGGCCAUCCCAUUCUCGAUCCGGUGAACGGUGAUCGUUACCUGGGAUUCGGAAGAACGAUGGGCAAUCUCGACCAAGGGAAACGGGAAAGUUGCUCGAAAGCUUAUCUAACUCCCGUCAAAGACAGGAAGAACUUGUACGUGAUGACGUCGAGCAGAGUGGACAAGAUUCUGUUCGAGGGCGAACGAGCUGUCGGCGUUCGAAUCACUUUGAGCAACAACGAAACGGUGGAGGUGAGAGCGACGAAGGAAGUUAUUGUGUCGGCGGGAAGUAUCGUCAGCCCGCAGAUACUGAUGCUCUCGGGUAUCGGGCCGAAAGAGCACUUGAAGGAAUUGGGUAUACCCGUUCUGGUCGAUCUGCCCGUUGGAAAGAAUCUUCAAGAUCACGUGAUAUGGUUCGGCAUGUAUUACUCGUUCGUGAACGAGUCGGUUACGUCCGCCCCUAGCGAGAAAGAUCAAUUGAACUCCGCUUACGAGUAUUUGGAAACGAGCAAAGGCUCGUUGGCAAGCCUUGCCAACGAUCUGAUCGGAUACGUGAACGUGGAGGAUCCUGAUUCCCCGUAUCCGGACAUCCAGAUAUUGUUCUCUCAAAUUCAACGGUUGGACACGGGGUCGAUGAAGAUGGCGAUGGCUUCUUACAAUGCGAACGAUGAGAUCACGCGGAUAAUGCUGGACGAGAUCAAGAGAAGGGAUUUGAUCACCAUUUACAGCUCGUUGAUGAAUCCAAAGAGUCGGGGCGAGAUCAAAUUGAGGAACGCCGAUCCGGCUGAAGAAGUGAAGAUCUACUCGAAUUAUUACACCGUGGCCGAUGAUUGGAAAAAGAUGAUGAAAGUUUUGCCCAUCGUCAAGAGUUUGUUGAACACUACAGCGUUGAAGAAAUACGGGAUGGAGUUUAAUAUUUACGAUGUCCCCGAAUGUCGCCAUUUUACGCCCGAUACAGAGGAGCGUUACGAAUGCGUGAUCAGACACGUGUCCGCCUCGAAUUAUCACGCGUGUUGCACGUGCAGAAUGGGACCAGCCAGUGAUCCGAGAACGGUUGUCGAUCACAGGUUAAACGUGCACAAGGUGAAGAAUUUACGGGUGAUCGACGCAUCGAUCAUGCCGAAUAUCAUCAGUGGAAAUAUCCAUGCGCCUACCAUAAUGAUAGCCGAGAAGGGAGCGGAUUUGAUCAAAGAGGAUUGGGGCAUAAAGGUGUGAAACAGAUGGAAAUAUAUGAAUAUGUUGCAGAUGUUAUAUAAAAUUUACGUAAUUAUAUAAAUUUUACGUAAUUCUAUAUAAAAACAAAACGGAAAGUGUAAAGUCUGGAAAUGCAGCUGACUAUACAAAAGAUAAAAAUUUUGUUUUGAAAAUGUCUGGAUGCCAGCUACAAUAAUAUGCGAUAUAAAAAAAUAGAGAUUUUAAUUUGAAAAAUCUUUAUAUCAUCAAGAUCAAAUAAAGAUAACAGAAUGAGUCAAUAUCUUUUUCGAUAUCUUUU